AUGGCGAGCAACGACAGCAACAACGACCCCUACAACACGGGUCCCAUCCCGUCAACGCACACGCGCGAGUGGCUGCUCCAGAACUCGACCAAGCUCACCAUUCCCUGGGAGGCCCUCCCGCAGCUUCCCUUCUGGGGCCCGCUGGGCGGGUUCACCCAGCCAUGGUUCCGGGCAAACAUCGCCGCCAGGGUCAUUGCCGGAGCCCACCUGAUGAAGCGGGAGCUCGAGCAGCCCGAGAUCGACGCCCUCAGUUACCACAUGGCCAAGGCGCUCCGCACGCGCAGCAUGGAAGUGCCUAUCCUUCUCGGUGCCGUCUUCGUGCUCGAGAGGCGAGGCCGCAGCACGUUCAAGUUUCCCUUCUACCAGCCGAAGCCGGGCUUCGAGCCACUGGUCUUCCCCUCCAAGAUGAGCCCGCUGCUCACGGGCACGACGGCCAGGGCGGCGUGGCAUGCAUGCCGAGCCAGUGCCUACGCCGUGGUCACGCACUUCUUCGUCUCCCUCUUCCUGCAGUCGUACUCAAACAUGACGUGGAUAGCACACAUGCAGAGGGAUGAGAGGCUGAACGAGUUCAACAAGGUAGCCCGCUCAGAGAUUGAGCACGAGCUCAAACGGCGUGCGGCUUCCGGCGAUGUGCGCCCACUGCCGGGGCGCUCACCGAUCCCUGCCGAGGGCUCGGGAGACUAUCAGCCGGCGUCUUCGGAGAACCAAGACUCAUAUGCUGAGGCUUCGCGCUCGCAGCCUGCGCCGCAGAGGUCAUGGGCUCGCGAUUCAUAUCAGGGCCCCGCUCCCCCAGCGGCGCAAGAGAGUCAGCCCUCUCAGCUGUUUGAAGAUGACGCAUACGUUUUUGAUGAUGCCUCGCCGGUGGCACCGUCGCAAAGGCAGAAGCCGCAGACCUCCUCAUCCCCUUAUUUUGCUGGCACCGCCUGGGACAGGGUUCGGCAACAAUCCGGGGCUCCCCGCCCCGAACCGGCGGAGAGAGGCAGCAGGGAUUCGCAGACCAGAUCUUGGGGAGAUCGCCAGCAGGUACAGAGGCAAAGCUCAAGGACGGGACAGUCAGGCACCGAGUACACAUUUUCCCAAGCCGAGGAGGAUCGAUCCUUGCCGAAGGAGCAGGCGCAAAAGGAUUUUGACGCCAUGUUGGAAAGAGAACGUGCUGGCGAGUCUGAUGACCGGCGGCGCAGGUGUGGAAAACACCGCGACAUCACUAAUCUCGAGCUCGGAGCCCUCCCCGCCUCUUGUAGCGGCGUUGGGAGUCUUGACCUUGGCAAUCGCGUCGGGAAAGGACCCUCCCACGGCGACAUUGAGCAGCAGGAACCGGGGCAUCCGGGCCAGGCUCGUCCACGCCGCCAGGUCCCCGACCACGGCGCCCGACACGCUGCUCGUCGGCCGCCCGUCGACGAGCCAGGUGAUGGUCUCGCCGCGCCAGUCGCCGCCGGCGUUGGUGCGGUCCACGUCGACGGCCACCGUGUGCCAGUCGCCGCGGCUCACGGCCGCCGUGGCGCUGAUGCCGUCCGUCUCCCGGCAGGGCCCGCCGGCCGCCACGCCGCAGUGCACCGUCUGCCAGGCCGUCGCGGCGCCGUUGAGCGUCUCGAGCACGUCGAUCUCGCCGACGCCCGGCCAGCCGCCGUAGUUGCCGCGGAAGGCGGCCCCGAGCGACCAGAAGGCGGGCCAGAUGCCCUGCUGCGAGGCCGCGGGCGCGGCGCCCGCGCGCAGCCGCGCCUGCAUGCGGAGGCGGCGGCCCGGCGCGCAGGCGAAGUCGUGGGCGGGCGUGGUCUCGAUGCGGGCCGAGGUCCAGCGCCCGCCGCCGCCGCCGCCGAGCGCGAGGGGCGUGAUCUUGAGGGUGCCCGCGGCCGUGGCGGCGAUGUUGUCCCUCGACGAGGUGUAGGUCUGGAUCUCGUUUGUGCCCCAGCGCGCCGGCCCGCCGGGGUAGCCCGUGCCGACGUCGAUGGUCCACUUCGAGGCGUCCGGGAGCGAGCCCGGGCUCAGGGCGGCGAAGUUGUCCUGGAAGAGGACCUGGACGAAGCCGUCCGGUAUCUGGAUGUCCCGCGGGCGGUUGCUGACUGGGUGUGCCGCCACUGUAGAGGUGGAGAGCAGAAGGGAGAGGAUGGAGAAGAGUGA